AUGGAAGCCUCUACGCUUGAAGCUCUUAUAAAUUUCUGCUACUCAGGUUUGACAAAGAUAACCGACGAUAAUGUGCUCAGUAUUCUACCAGCUGCUUGCCGUCUUCAGUUCAACGAAGUUCAGGAAGUCAGUGGAAACGAGGAGUUCAAUUAUCUUUCCGUGGAGCGAUUAGUUGAUUUAAUUUCGCAUGAAGAACUGAAUGUGCGGUCGGAAGAACAGGUCUACUUAGCAGUUGCUCGAUGGGUUAGAUUCAACCUACCAGAUCGAAAACAGUUCCUUGCGAAGGUACAGGCUAUGUUCUCUCUGAUGGAGCACGUACGACUUCCGCUUUGUCAGCCGAAAUUCCUUGUCAGCACAGUCAGUAAGGAUGCGUUGGUGAUGGCGGAUGUCACAUGCCGGAAUCUUCUCGAUGAAGCAAAGAAUCAUCAACUUCUGCAACUAUCGACGUAUGAACGACCGGUAAUGCAAGGAACGCUCACUAGACCACGGAAAUCACUCAGUUUUGGCGAG